UGCUUCUCUGCAGCAGUUUGUGUUCAGAGCUUCUUCUCUAGUUUUUUUCACAUAGUUUCUCACUGAUUGAUGUGAUCUGAAUAACAACAUGUUGGUGUUUCAGAGGUCAGAACCACAGACAGAGAGCAGAACCUCCAGGAUCCAACUGUCCGUCCAUGAGGAGUGACUGGUCCAAAGGAGAACCUCCAUCCUUCAGUGCUGAACCUGGACCCUCAGACUCAGAAACAGGAGCUGGACUGCUGGCAGCCAAUCAGAGCAGCUGUGCUCCAGCGUUCUGGAUCAGCUGCAAUGUUGGUCUGCGGGAGGUUCUAGAGGAACAUAAGAUCAGUCUGAGGAGGAGAUGUGAAUGUGUGACUGAAGGAAGUGAUGAACCAGGAAGUAGAACCCUUCUCAACAGGAUCUACACUGAUCUCUACAUCACAGAGGGACAGAGUGAAGACGUUAAUACCCAACAUGAGGUGAAGCAGCUGGAGAGAGCUUCCAAGAUCCAGAACCUCCAUGAAUCUCCAAUCAGGUGCCACGACAUCUUUAAAGCUUUACCUGACCAACAUGGACCCAUCAGAGUGGUUCUGACCAACGGCGUCGCUGGUGUUGGAAAAACCUUCUCAGUGCAGAAGUUCACUCUGGACUGGGCCGAGGGCUUGGAGAACCAAGAUGUCCGUGUGGUGGUUCUGCUGUCGUUCAGGGAGCUGAACCUGAUCAGAGGUGAGCAGCACAGUCUUCUCACGCUGCUCCAUGUUUUCAAUCCAACCCUCCAGAAGCUCCCAGCAGAGCAGCUGGCUGGCCAGAAACUUCUCUUCAUCUUUGACGGCCUGGAUGAAAGCAGACUUUCUCUGGAUUUCAACCACAGUCGGCUGGUUUCUGACGUCACACAGAAGUCAUCAGUCGACGUUCUGCUGACGAACCUCAUCAAGGGGAACCUGCUUCCCUCGGCUCUGGUCUGGAUCACCUCCAGACCUGCAGCGGCCAAUCAGAUCCCUCCUUCAUGUGUUGCCAGGGUAACAGAGGUACGAGGCUUCACUGACGCCCAGAAGGAGGAGUACUUCAGGAAGAGAUUCAGUGAUGAAGAGCUGUCCAGCAGAAUCAUCUCCCACAUCAAGACCUCCAGGAGCCUCCACAUCAUGUGUGGAAUCCCAGUCUUCUGCUGGAUCACUGCUACAGUUCUGGAGAACAUGUUGACCACAGGGCAGAGAGGAGAGCUGCCCAAGACCAUGACUGACAUGUACUCUCACUUCCUGCUGGUCCAGAUCAGGAGGAAGAAGAACAAGUACCAUGGAGGACAUGGGAAGAGUCCACAGGAGCUGAUGGAGGCUGACAGGGAAGUUCUCCUGAAGCUGGGGAGGCUGGCGUUUGAACAUCUGGAAGAAGGAAACAUCAUGUUCUACCAACAAGACCUGGAGCAGUGUGGUCUGGAUGUCACAGAGGCCUCGGUGUACUCAGGAGUUUGUACAGAGAUCUUCAAGAGAGAGAGUGUGAUGUUCCAGAAAGCAGUCUACUGCUUUGUUCAUCUGAGCAUUCAGGAGUUUCUGGCUGCAGUCUACAUGUUCCACUGCUUCACCAGCAGGACCACAGAGGUGAUGGAGAACCUACUGGGAAAAGACCAUAAAUACUUAUCUCUGGAUGAGCUCACAAAGGCAGUCAUGGAUAAAUCCCUCUUCAGUAAAAAUGGUCACCUGGACCUGUUUGCUCGCUUCCUUCAUGGCCUCUCUGUGGAGUCCAACCAGAGACUCUUAGAAGGCCUGCUGGGUCAGACAGAGAACAGUCCAGAAACCAUCCAGAGAGUCAUUGACAACCUGAAGGAGAUAAACACUGAUUAUGUCUCUCCUGACAGAAGCAUCAACAUCUUCCACUGUCUGAUGGAGAUGAAGGACCUCUCAGUUUAUCAGGAGAUCCAACAGUUCCUGAAAUCAGAGAACAGAUCAGAGAAGGAGCUCUCAGAGAUCAAUUGCUCAGCUCUGGCCUACAUGCUGCAGAUGUCAGAGGAGGUUCUGGAUGAGUUGGACCUGGAAAAGUACAACACAUCAAAAGCAGGACGACUGAGACUGAUUCCAGCUGUGAGGAACUGCAGAAAGGCUCGACUAGUGGGCUGUAUUCUCUCAUCGACUGAAUGUGAAGUUGUGGCCUCAGCUCUGAAGUCCAACCCCUCCCUGACUGAACUGGAAAUAGAUGAGAUCAAUAAUGGAAGGAGAACCCUUGGAGACUCUGAAUUGAAGCAUCUCUGUGAGAUCCUGGAGACUCCAGUCUGUAAAGUAAAGAAGCUGAGAUUGGAGAACUGCAGUUUGUCAGAGAUCAGCUGUGCUGCUCUGGGCUCAGCUCUGAAGUCCAACCCCUCCCAUCUAACAGAACUAUUCCUGAAUCACAACAACAACUUGAAAGAUGCUGGAGUGAAGGAGCUCUGUGGUUUUCUCCAGAAUCCCCUCUGCAAACUACAGAUAUUGAGAUUGUGGGACUGCAGUUUGUCAAAGAUCAGCUGUUCUUCUCUGGGCUCCGCUCUGAAGUCCAACUCCUCCCAUCUGACAGAACUGGACCUGAGAUGGAACAGCCUGAAGGAGUCAGAUGUUCAGCAGCUGCAGGAUCUUGUAAAGAGUCCAGACUACAAACUGAAGAUUCUGAGGUGGAGGUGAUGAUCUUAGUAGAGGAGAGAAGCUGAGCUGUCCUGAUGAUCCAGAGGUUGAAGCUGCAGCAGUUUAAGUUUAAAGAGACUCUGACUGGAUCCUGAUGAUGAACUCUGAGUUUAGAGAUAUUGAUCCUGUUUAUCUGAUAAUGUCUGUCAUUUAGUGUCUGAUAUUGUUUGUCUCUUUGGACCAAUGAGGAUGAAAUGAAAACUAAGCUACAUUUAGUGGCUCCAUAUAGUGUUGAUCCUAAUCUGAUGAAACUGGAAAGUUGAUCUUUUUUCUCUCUGGUUCAUUUUCAGCCUGUAACCAAGAAAUCUGAAAUAAAGCUCAACUCUAAAGUUU